CAUUAGAGUGAUUCUUUUUCGUUCCCAUUUACAUUUCUCUUUCUUUUUCUGAUCUACCUCACUUCCCUUUCUUUGACCAUAAUCAACACUCUGAACAAUUUCACUUUCCUUGCCGUUUUGUUCCAUCUCAGUGUCGUUUCACAGCUAGGUUUUCGAAAAUGAAGUCCUUUAACAAAUUGAAGAGAAUUGCACUUCACAAAACCGUUGGAAAAGAAAAGAAGGAGUUUCUUCCUUCCGUUAAGGUCGAUGAACUCGCUCUCGCUGCUAAGUAUAUGCAAGAGAUGAGAGAUUGUUAUGAUAGCUUGCUUGCUGCAGCUGCUGCUACUGAAAACAGCGCGUAUGAAUUUUCGGAGUCAUUGCAAGAAAUGGGUACUUGUCUAUUGGAGAAAACUGCCUUAAAUGAUGAUGAAGAGAGUGGUAAAGUUUUGGGGAUGCUUGGAAAUGUGCAGCUUGACCUUCAGAAACUUGUUGAUGGCUACCGUUCUCAUGUAGCACUGACCAUAACCAGACCAUCGGAGUCUCUUCUUAAUGAACUAAGAACUGUUGAGGACAUGAAGCGUCAGUGUGAUGAAAAAAGAGAAGUUUAUGAAUACAUGAUUGCCCAACAGAAAGAAAAAGGGAAGUCAAAAAGUGGUAAGGGUGAAAAUAUAACUUCACAGCAUUUGAAAGCUGCUCACGAUGAAUAUGAAGAGGAAGCAACACUCUGUGCUUUUCGGUUAAAAUCCCUGAAACAAGGCCAGUCACGUAGUCUCCUAACACAAGCCGCUCGCCACCAUGCUGCUCAGUUGAAUUUCUUCCGGAAGGGACUUAAAUCACUGGAGGCCGUUGAGCCACAUGUUAGGAUGGUUGCCGAGUUGCAACAUAUUGAUUACCAAUUCAGUGGCCUUGAAGAUGAUGAUGGUGAAGGCAGUUUUGAAUAUGAUGGGAAUGAGUAUGAGUACGAGGCCACCGAAGGCGGCGAGUUGAGUUUUAACUACAGAUCAAACAAGGAUGUCCCCACAUCGCCAAACUCAGCAGAGCAGGUGGAAGAAUCAGACCGUUCAAACAUUCGAGCUUCAACCACUGAAACUGCAGAGACAAGUUUAGACAAGAGCCAUGUAGAUUUUAAAGUAUCAAAUAGAGAUCCACCAAGAGUCAGCAGCUAUUCAGCUCCAAUAUUUGCAGAAAAGAAAUUUGACCCAGCUGAAAAAGUAAGACAACUGUUGUCAUCAUCUGCAGCAAAGCCUAAUGCUUAUGUACUUCCUUUACCUGUCAACAUCAAAGAAACAAAAACUGCACCACGCUUAAGUGCAAGUGCAUCUUCGCAUGAUUUGUGGCAUUCAUCUCCUUUGGAUGAAAAAAAGAACGGGAAAGAUUUUGCUGAUGGUAAAUUGUCAGAACCAGCCAUCCCUAGAGUCUCUAUUCUCAAAGAAAGCAACAGUGACACUUCAUCAGCCCAGUUACCACGUCCGUCGACAGAGGGACAGUCACUUCCCCAAGUUGAUAUUUUUAACGCUUCUGAUCAUAAGAAAAUAAAAAGGCAUGCAUUUUCAGGUCCAUUGACUAAUAAGCCAUUGUCUGUAAAACCUGUCUCUGGGGGUUUUUCACGGUUGCCGAUGCCCCAACCUUCCUCUCCAAAAGCAUCUCCUGGUGCUUCUCCUCCCCUUGUUUCUUCACCUAGGAUAAGUGAACUACAUGAGCUUCCUAGGCCCCCUGGUAAUCAAACCAGCAAGGCAACAAAAUCUUCUCGAGUAGGUCACUCUGCUCCUUUAGGAUUAAGGAAUCCAGAGCAUCCUACAACUAAUAAAUUUCCUCCGGUUGUAUCAAGUUCAGCAUCUCCACUUCCAACUCCACCCAUUACCGUCUCUCGGAGUUUUUCCAUACCCUCAAGUAGUCAGAGAGCUGUGGUAAUAAAUGUUGCUAAUAAGUAUUUGCAUACUCACCAAAUUCCAGAAAAGGUUGAAGAAGCUGCAUCACCUCCACUAACACCUUUAUCCCAGAGAGCAUCAGCUCUAUCUGAUUUAGCUUCUCGCUCUAGUGAAAUCCAAGUGGAUGCAGGUGGGAACUAAAUUUCAUGCACGAUGCGGAGUUCUGGUGAAUGAUUUAAAGCAUUUUUAUUCUAUGCUUGUCCAAGCUAAAUCACUCGCAUGGAGUUCUACAGUUUUCCCCAACAGAAGGUUCUGGGAAGUAUGUGUAUAUAUGUUAUGUAAUGUUUAGCUUCUCAUCUCAAUUUGUAUCUAUUAUUUUUACUGUAAUAACUAGUCUUGGUGAGAACUAAACUCUACAUGAUUGCCUUUAUGAUGUGUUUAUGUAUAUAUUCCGGAUGGAAAAUUUUGUUCACAUCCCCAAGUAAAACCACCUUAAACUUUAACUUUUCGAGGACGAAAGUAAAUCUAGAACCAGAAACCCCUCCCCCUAUCAAUUGCUUCUCUUGCCUUUGACAGUCAAUGGGUGGCAGGUAACACUCCCCCCAUCGAUUGCUGCUCUCUCCUUCGACAGUCGAUGGGUGGCAGGUAACACUUGAAUUUUCACAUUGAUCAACUCAUCAGCCCUUGACGUGGGUACUGUUAUAUUUUUAUUAGAGAAACGCCCAACAGUGGGAAAUAGUUUCUACAAACUUUAUCCAUUUCCCUUGUAUUGUUUCCCAGUAAUAUAAUGGAUGUUCUUGCCAUUUUUUAA